GCUAUCCGUUUUCGUUCUCGCAAUCAACGAGAUUUCAACGAGAACUUACGUGAUUUCGCGUGAAGACUCAGUUAUCAGAAGAACUCAGAUGAUAGGAUGGUAACAGACCUAGUGAUUGUAGGUGUGGAGUGACCUUCGAGCAAAUUACGUCAUCACUUUCAAUGGAGAGGCUAGGGCGAAAUCUGCGGCUUUGCCUGUUGUCUGCUAUUCUAGUCAACUUACAAGGUGCAAUAAGCUUGAAAGAUGUGGAGCUGAAGGUGCCAGCAGCUGUUAGCCCAGGUGAUACAGUGACCUUGAUCUGCACCUAUGACCUUGAGGGCGAGGAGCUCUACACUGUCAAGUGGUACAAAGGUCGAGAGGAGUUCUACCGCUACAUUCCUAAAGAGCUUCCCAACACGAGGGUCUUUCCUCUGCCUAAUGUCAACGUUGAUAUGAACCGUUCUGGCAAAGACAGAGUGGUUCUGAUGGAGGUCGGACCAGAUUUGGCGGGAAAAUAUCGGUGUGAGGUGUCAGCUGAUGCUCCUAACUUCCACACCAAAGUCGUCUCCGCACACAUGCAAGUAAUACUUCAGAUGCUGCAAAAAUUGAUACAGGAAAUGCUAAAGGAUUCUGGAGACUCUAUGUUGAAAAUGGAUUACGAAAUGGUCCAUUACGUUUGA